AUGCCCGUGAACGGCCCCGUGGAGGAGACGUUGGGCGACAAGCUCGUGACGGCCAUCUCCCAAGUUCUCAAUAUUCCCCGGAGCGAAAUCCAGCUCUACGACUCCUUUUCAGACCUCGGCGGCAGUAAGUCGUCUGCCACGAUAUUACGAAACACCUUUGCCGAGAUCAACCUCACCCUCACCGAGGACGAUAUCCUCAAAUGCAGAACCAUUGCCGAGCUGCAAACCCGGAUACGCCCCGCCACCCACCUCACCUUUGAUGCCGAACUACCCAACAGGUCGUCGUCGAGGAGUUCUCGGAAUAGCAGCAGCCGGGCCUCCGAGACAUUUAGCAACGACAAUGCGGAAAACCCCGAGACCGAAGACCGCGCAACCACGAGGAUAGAUCCCGAGGUCCUCACCACCGAGGAGCUUCUCACAUCCACCUCCCAGGUACCCCUGGCCGCCGUCAUCAGGCCCAAGGCCGGCUACCUCGACGGCAGCGUCGUGGCGUUCCUCAUCCUCUCCGGAAUCAGCGAGACCGACGAUGGUAGCCAGGACUGCGAGGCCCAAAUCAUCUGCCAAUCCCGCCAGCAGGUCGCCGGCUCUCAGAUCGCCGCCCUGCGCGUGCUCCUGGAAAACUCCACCGCCGUCUCCGCGGUCCCCAACGCCUGGAUCGUGCUGGAGCAGAUGCCGCUCGCCGAGUGCGGCGGCGUAGACCGACGAAAGCUGCAGACCUGGAUCCAAAACAUCAACGAGGAGACCCAUCAGCGCAUCCUCAGCGUCGAGACCCGGGGCCCCUUCCAGGCCGCCGCCACCGAGGCCGAGAAGACGCUGCAGAAGCUCAUCAGCCGCGUGCUCAAGCUCCCGCUCGACCGCGUCGGCAUGAACCUCUCCUUUGGCGAGCUCGGCGGCGACGAGUUUUCGGCGCUGCAGCUCGUCGCGGCGGCCAAGGGCAAAGGGCUCGGGCUCGUCGCCGACGACGUCAUGCACAGCGACUCCAUCGCCCACCUCGCCUUCGUCGCCUCAUACGCCGUCGGCGGCCGCGUCCAUAGGCGGAGGUGGUCCGAGGACGCCGAGGAGGGCGCCGAGCUCUUUCGCCUCUCACCCAUGCAGCAGCUCUACUUUAACACGCCUGUCGGCGGCGACGGCGAGGCCAGGGCGGCGGAUUGCUGGAACUACCGCUUCAACCAGAGCAUGCUCCUCAAGGUGAACCAGGACGUCACGCUCGAAGACGUGCACGCCGCCAUGGAGGCCGUCGUGGGCCACCACUCCAUGCUGCGAGCGCGCUUCCAGCCUGUUGGCGAGAACACGUGGAUGCAGAGGGUCCUCGCCGACAUCCCCGACUCGUACCGCUUCGGCCACCACAUAGUGAGCACCAACGACGACGUGCUCGACGUCAUCCGUCAGUCCCAGUCCUUUAUCGACAUCGAGACCGGCCCCGUCUUCGUGGCCGAGUACAUCAAGACGGUGGACAACAAGCACAUGCUCUACGUCGUCGCCCACCACCUCGUCGUCGACCUCAUCUCGUGGCGCGUCAUCAUCCACGAUAUCAACGAGCUCCUCCAGAACGGCAGCCUCUUCUCCGAGAGGUCCAUGCCCUUUCAGCGGUGGAACGACCUCCAGUGGCUCGAGAUCCAGAAGCCCGAGCACGACGGCCCCAUGCACUUUGACAUCACCACCGGCGAUUUCGCCUUUUGGGGCCUCGACACCACCAGGAACACCUACGGCGACACCACGUGCAACCAAGCGUUCCGCACCGACUCGGCCGACAUCUACAUCGCCGCCCUGCUCCUCUCCUUUUGCCAGACUUUCCCCGAGAGGCAGCCCCCGUG